GUAGUAGUCCAAAAGAAAAGGCCCAGGUCCACAUAUCAAUUAAAAACCUUACUCAUUCAGUCACUCUGCUCUACUAUUUGCUGAAAUUGCAGGCAGCAGCCUAAUCAUAAACCCUAGCAAUUUCUCUGGUUCUCAAAUUUGGCCCCGUCUUAGCUUUAAUCAUGAGUAAGCUUCAGAGUGAAGCGGUGAGGGAAGCUAUAUCUGGUAUUGCAAAUGAUGCCAAGGAGAAGAAUCGCAAGUUCACUGAGACAGUUGAGCUCCAGAUUGGGCUGAAGAAUUAUGACCCACAAAAGGAUAAGCGUUUCAGUGGCUCCGUUAAGUUGCCACACAUCCCUCGUCCCAAGAUGAAGGUUUGCAUGCUUGGAGACGCACAACACGUGGAAGAGGCUGAGAGGAUAGGUUUGGAAUGGAUGGAUGUUGAAGCGUUGAAGAAGCUCAACAAGAACAAGAAAUUGGUUAAGAAGCUUGCAAAGAAGUACCAUGCUUUCCUUGCUUCUGAAGCAGUCAUUAAGCAGAUUCCGCGUUUGCUUGGUCCCGGUCUUAAUAAGGCUGGUAAGUUCCCUACACUUGUCACCCAUCAGGAACCCCUGGAGAACAAAGUGAACGAGAUCAAGGCAACCGUCAAGUUUCAGCUUAAGAAAGUUCUCUGCAUGGGAGUUGCUGUUGGUAACCUUAGUAUGGAAGAGAAGCAGAUUUUCCAAAACGUUCAAAUGAGUGUCAACUUUCUUGUUUCAUUGCUGAAGAAGAAUUGGCAAAAUGUCCGGUGCCUAUACUUGAAGAGUACCAUGGGCAAGCCAUACCGCAUCUUCUGAAACAGCCCCUUUUACCGUUGGUUGAAUGGCGUAGGAGUUGGAAGUUUUGUUUAUUGCCUUUUUGUUAUUUUCUUCAUUGUUCAUUUAAACCCUGUUCCUUGUGUGAGUUGAUAUGUUAUUCCUCAGGAAGAAUUUUGAAGAUACAUGUUUAUUGUAUUGUUAGUCUUUUUACACAUGUAUGUUUGCAAAAAAAUUAUAUUGGUCUACUAGUCUUUGAUGGCUA